AUCGCCCGUCAGCAGCGCAAGUGACUUGAAUUGUUGGGAGCCACGAGCCCGUCCUUGUAAUCAUGCACUCGAUCCUAGCUCGCUCGUUGCGUCGCUCCGUCCGUCCUCAAGGUGCUUCGGCGGUGGCGAAGGCGUUCUCUACCGUCGGCGCCACGCUCGAGAAGGCAGUGGACGCGCUUCCGCAUCGUGAAGCUGUGCGCGCGUUCAACAAUGUCGACCGCGACGACGACUUGCGAUUCAGUUACCAAGAGUUUAACAACUUUGUCAACGAACUGACCAACGGGUUCUUGGAGCUGCAGUUCCAAAAGGGCGACACGAUCGCACUGUGGCUGCCCAACAACGCCGAAAACCUGGUCGCACAAUUCGCUGCCGCCAAGGCGGGGUUGAACAUCGCUGCCGUGGACCCGUCGAUCUCGACUGUCGACGAGUUGGCGUUCGUGGUCAAGGACAGCAAGGCUGUGGCGUUGCUCUUCGACCCCAAGAACAACGACAGUGACUCGACCGAUGUGGCUAAGCAAGUGUUUGCGAACCAGCCUUACGCGCGCGGCCUCCAGACGGUGAUCACGACCGCGAUCGACCCUGUACACGGCUUCCUCCAAUUCCGCCGCAUUCUCGUGAAUGCCUUGGAAUCGCACUAUGUCGAACAGCGCACAGCCCAAAUCGACGCCGCCGCGCCCCUCGUCGUCUCGUACACUCGCAAUAACGGUCAGACCCCGAUCCGCGGCGCUGCCUUGACCCAUGGCGACGUGUUGAAGCAGGCGAAAGACAUUGUGAACUCAGUCAAGUUGACUUCGAAUGACAAGAUCCUGCUGACUGACGUGCCCGCGGGCUUUGUGGUCGCGUCCGUGGCGGCAGCCCUCAAGAACUCGAUGGUGGUGUUGGCGCCGUCCGCGUUGAAGGAACAUGCCGUGAGCCUCGAGACGCCCAGUGUCGCAACAGACGCCAAGGCCGCCGUGUUCCAGCGCCUGCAAUAAAUAUCCUUGUCGAACAAAAUGCAACCUUGUCGCAGGAAUAAAGAAGAAUUCUUUGUCGUUGAUAAGAACCGAAUACAUCGUCGAAACAAAAACACGAUGGAAAGAAUACAA